ACCGCAUGAUCCCUCUAGACGGACUUCAUUUCUCCCUAUUUACGACUACUGUACACGGUUCACUAUUGGUCACACUAAUGUAGACGACCGCGACAUCGUGUCCUCUGCAUCUUCUGCGCGCACUACCACCACCCCUCAGCAAUACGAUACCUUGGAUACUGCAUUUGAGAGGGAAGUCAGAAACCGCUGUGAGUGGUUGCUACUGAUCGCAGUACUCAGUACUCCCCUGCAGCAUCUUGAGGGAUGUUUGAUUCUCUCAUGUACAUGCCAGGCCACAGAUACACGGGGGUCUUCGCAUACCGCGCGGAGGACCGUGUGCAAAUGCGCCCAACGUCCUUUGGACUAGACUCGAGCAAC